AUCGCACAUGGUGCCACACCAGUCGCUAACCGUCUGCUGUCCACAACGCAAAAUUCUUUUCUAUUGACACUAUCAAACUAACCCCAAAUCAGUUAAAUGCAAGAUACGGUAGAUAUGGCGGACGACCCUGAGUAUGACGAAGAGGAGCCUUCCUUCAGCGAUCCAGAGGACUUCGAAGAUGACAUCGAGGAUGAGGAGAUGCUCGAGGAUGUGCUUCGGGAGAAGCCCCUGGAAGCAGACGGUAUCGACUCGGUGGUGGUGGUGGAUAACGUGCCCCAGGUCGGCCCGGAGAGACUGGAGAAGCUCAAGAACGUCAUCCACAAGAUCUUCUCAAAGUUUGGAAAAAUCACAAACGAGUUUUACCCCGAUGCAGACGGUCUGACCAAAGGGUAUAUCUUCCUGGAGUACAGUGCUCCCACGCAGGCUCUGGAGGCGGUGAAGAACGCCGACGGUUACAAGCUGGACAAGCAGCACACCUUCAGGGUCAACGUCUUCACCGACUUCGACAAGUACAUGAACAUCAGCGAUGAGUGGGAGACUCCAGAGAAACAGCCUUUCAAGGACUUUGGUAACAUGCGUCACUGGAUUGAGGAUUCGGACUGCCGUGACCAGUACAGUGUCAUCUACGAAUCAGGAGAGAGGACAGCCAUCUUUGCCAAUGACGCCAAGGAGCCAAUCGUAGUUGAGGAGAGGGCGCGCUGGACAGAGACCUACGUCCGCUGGUCUCCCCGGGGGACCUACCUGGCCACCUUCCACCAGAGGGGCAUUGCAUUGUGGGGCGGCGAGAAGUUCAAGCAGAUUCAGAGGUUCAGUCACCAGGGGGUCUCCCUCAUCGACUUCUCCCCCUGCGAGAGGUACGUGGUGACCUUCAGCCCCCUGAUGGACACCAAGGAGGACCCUCAGGCUAUCAUCAUCUGGGACAUCCUGACCGGACACAAGAAGAGGGGCUUCCACUGCGAGAGCUCCGCACACUGGCCCAUCUUCAAGUGGAGUCACGACGGGAAGUUUUUCGCCAGGAUGACCCAGGACACUCUAAGCAUCUAUGAGACUCCAUCUAUGGGCCUGCUGGACAAGAAGAGUCUGAAGAUCUCUGGAAUCAAGGACUUCUCCUGGUCUCCGGGAGACAACAUCAUAGCGUUCUGGGUCCCAGAGGACAAGGACAUCCCUGCUCGCGUGACGCUGAUGCAGCUGCCGUCGCGGCAGGAGAUCCGUGUGAGGAACCUGUUCAACGUGGUGGACUGCAAGCUGCACUGGCAGAGGAAUGGGGACUACCUGUGUGUCAAGGUGGACCGCACGCCCAAGGGCACGCAGGGGGUCGUCACCAACUUUGAGAUCUUCCGCAUGAGGGAGAAGCAGGUGCCGGUGGACGUGGUGGAGAUGAAGGAGAGUAUCAUAGCGUUUGCCUGGGAGCCCAACGGCAGCAAGUUUGCCGUUCUGCACGGAGAGACGCCCCGCAUCAGCGUGACCUUCUACCACGUCAAGAACAACGGCAAGAUCGAGCUCAUCAAGAUGUUUGACAAGCAGCAGGCCAACAGCAUCUUCUGGAGUCCUCAGGGACAGUUCCUGGUGCUGGCUGGACUCAGGAGCAUGAACGGGGCCCUGGCCUUCGUGGACACGUCAGACUGCACCAUGAUGAACAUAGCAGAGCACUACAUGGCCUCCGACGUGGAGUGGGACCCCACCGGACGCUACCUGGUCACCUCCGUGUCCUGGUGGAGCCACAAGGUGGACAACGCCUACUGGCUGUGGACGUUCCAGGGACGCCUGCUGCAGAAGAACAACAAGGACCGCUUCUGCCAGCUGCUGUGGAGGCCACGCCCCCCCACCCUGCUCAGCGCCGACGAGAUCAAGCUGAUCAAGAAGGAUCUGAAGAAAUACUCCAAGAUCUUCGAACAGAAGGAUCGUCUCAGCCAAUCAAAGGCCUCCAAGGAGCUGGUGGACAAGCGCAGGUCCAUGAUGGAGGACUACCACCGCUACAGGGAGGAGACCACACGCACCCACCAGGAGCAGAGAGAGCUACGCCUGGAGCUGAGAGGAGGAGUGGACACGGACGAGCUGGACAGCAACGUGGAAGACUGGGAGGAGGAGACCAUCGAGUUUUUUAUCAACGAAGAAAUCAUUCCCCUCGGAGAUCUGUAGUCCCCUACGCAGUUCAACCGUUUGUUUGUGGAGAGGAGAACGGAGGUGUUGAUUGGAGGAGGAAAACCGUGCUUGGAAUCUUGGAAAUCGCCAGAAUUCUGACAUUCUACCUUUGUGACGUCAUCAAAGCGUGCCUUGUCGCGUAGCGAUUACAGCGAGAGAGCGAGGAAAGAAAAGAGAGGAGAGAGGGAGCAAGAGGAGAAGCAUUUGAACCUUCCCCUCUCUCUCUCCCAUCUCCAUACCCCUCCCUCUCUCCUUUUUUCUGGUUCUAGAAAUAUAACAGUCCUCCCCCCCUCCUCCUCCCCCCUCUCCUGGACUCAGUUCAUACCUGCUGCCCUGGGCAGGUCUGGUCACCGUCGUCAUGGCUAUGGAAACGCCCGCGGCUUCAAACGAGGGGGGUGUUGUGAGCGAAUUAGCGACUGUGUUUUUUAGGAUGCUGAGAUGGCAUUACAGCGGUUUGUAUCCUCCUCCCUUUAGACUCAGAGAUGUUCUACUCCUCCUCUCUCAUUGGCUGGGCAGCCUGGAGGCGUGUCUCCAUAAAGAAAUAAAAAAAAUGAAAAAGG